AUGUCUGGGGGCUUCCCCGGGAACACCAACGCCGACAGCGUGGUGCAGCAUGGGCUGCGGCCGCCCGUGGAGACGCGGCACCUUCGCUUCCUGCCUGCGGCCUGGAACCCCAACAGCAGCAUCGGGAUGCGCGUGGAGGUCUACGGAUGUGCCCACAGAUCAGAAGUGAUUGAUUUUGAUGGAAAAAGUUCCCUGCUUUAUAGAUUUGCUCAAAAUACCAGGAGUCCAGAAAAAGACAUCAUUUCUUUGAGAUUUAAAACGAUGCAGAGUGAUGGGAUUCUCAUCCACAGAGAGGGAGGCCACGGGGACGGCAUCAGCCUGGAGUUAGUGAUGGGGAAGCUGCUUCUACGCACCGGUUCAGGCACGGGCACCCCACCCUCGCCGCCCCCCGGGGGCCUGGUGCUGGGCAGCCUGCUGGACGACGAGCACUGGCACGCGGUGCUGCUGGAGUGCUCUGGCCAGCGUGUGAGCCUCACGGUGGACAGGCACUUGCGGCACGUCUGGGCACGUGGAGAUCGGAGCCUGCUGGACCUGGACCAUGAGAUCAGCUUUGGGGGGAUCUCAGCACCUGGAAAGCCAGUGACGUUUCCGAGGAAGAGCUUCCGUGGAUGUUUAGAAAACAUUAAUGUUAAUGGAGAGGACAUCAUUGACUUGGCCAAGCGGCACAGACCACAGAUCCUCGUUACGGGAAAUAUCUCCUUCUCCUGCUCACACCCACAGACAGUGCCGGCCACAUUUCUGAGCACCAGGAGCUACUUAGCACUGCCUGGCACCCCUGGGGAGGACGGGGCUUCGGUCAGCUUCCAGUUCCGGACAUGGAACAGUGCAGGGCUGCUGCUGUCCAGCCAACCUCACCCAGGCUCAGGGGGUCUCCUCCUCGCCCUCAAGGAUGGGAGCCUCAAGCUGAGUAUGCACCUGCCCCCAGGACAUGCACAAAGUGACAUUACUGCAGGUGUUGGGUUAAAUGAUGGGCGGUGGCAUUCUGUCUCCUUGAUGGCUACCAGGAGCCACCUGAGCAUGAGGGUGGACAAGGACGUGGCCUCCACUGUCCACACUGCGGCCUCCGUGGAGACCUACUCAGGGGUCGCCUACUACUUUGGAGGCUGCCUCCCUCGCAGCUCCGGGCUUGGCUGUGAGCACACAGCAGGCGGAUUCCAGGGAUGCCUGCGGCUCAUCUCCAUCAGCGGCCAGGACGUGGACCUGAUCUCCGUGCAGCAGGGCACCCUGGGCAGCUUCAGCGACCUUCACAUCGACACCUGCGGCAUCCUGGACAGGUGUCUGCCCAACUACUGCGAGCACGACGGCGUAUGCUCCCAGACCUGGACGGACUUCCGCUGCGACUGCUCCAGCACCGGCUACGUGGGCGCCACCUGCCACCGCCCGCUCUACGAGCCGUCGUGUGAGGCCUACAAGCACGGAGGUGGCCCGUCGGGACUCUACCACGUUGACCCUGAUGGCAGUGGGCCCCUGCAGCCCUUCCCCGCCUUCUGCAACAUGACAGAUGUCCCAUGGAUUGUCCUGCAGCACAACGGCUCGGCCUUGACCAGGGUCGCGGGUGCAAGCAAGGAGAGCCCACACUGGGCGGUGUUCCGGUACGCGGCCAGCGCGGAGCAGCUGCUGGUCACCAUGGCCCGAGCCAGCCGCUGCCAGCAGAAGCUUGUGCUGCACUGCAGGAGGUCUCGGCUCCAGGACCCGCGAGACGGAACCCCACUGAGCUGGUGGGUUGGAGGAACCAACGAGACGCACACUUACUGGGCAGGUUCUUUGCCUGAUGCUCAGAAGUGCACCUGCGGGUUGGAGGGGGACUGCGUUGACCCUCAGGCCGAUGACACAGGUGUGCUUGCCUACAGGAAACACCUCCCGGUCACACAGAUCGUAAUCACGGACACUGACCGUCCGGGCUCUGAGGCAGCGUAUAGACUGGGGCCUCUGCUGUGCCAGGGAGACCGAUCAUUUUGGAAUUCAGCUUCUUUCUACACGGAGACUUCAUACCUUCACUUCCCAACUUUCCAUGGAGAACUCAGUGCCGACGUGUCUUUCUUUUUCAAGACAACAGCUUCAUCUGGGGUAUUUUUAGAGAACCUGGGGAUCACAGACUUCAUCACUCUAGAGCUGCGCUCCCCGGCGGAAGUGGCCUUCUCUUUCGACGUGGGGAACGGGCCCUGUGAGGUCACGGUGCGGUCACCAGCUCCCCUCAAUGAUGACCGGUGGCACCUGGUCCGUGCAGAGAGGAACGUGAAGGAGGCGUCACUGCAGGUGGACCUGCUGCCACAGGGGACACAGCAGGCACCCAAGGAUGGGCAUGUGCUGCUGCAGCUCAACAGCCAGCUCUUUGUGGGCGGCACAGCUACCAGGCAGAGAGGCUUUCUGGGCUGCAUUCGGUCUCUGCAGGUGAACGGAAAGGCUCUGGACCUCGAGGAAAGAGCCAAGGUCACACCGGGAGUGGAGCCCGGCUGUCCGGGACACUGCAGCACCUACGGCCACUUGUGUCUCAAUGGAGGGCAGUGCCGGGAGAAGCCCCGGGGAUUCGUGUGUGACUGUGACCUCUCUGCAUACGGCGGGCCCUUCUGCUCCAGUGAGAUUUCUGCAUAUUUUGGAGCUGGCUCCUCAGUGACAUACAAUUUUCAGGAGUAUUAUUCCCUGAGCACAAACUCCAGCUCCUACGCUGCUUCCUUUCUUGGAGAUUUGACACUAACCCGAGAGAGGAUCUCGUUCAGCUUCCGAACAGCACAGACCCCCAGCCUGCUUCUGUAUGUGGAUUCCUUCUACAAGGAAUACCUUUCAGUUAUCCUCGCCAGAAAUGGGAGUUUGCAGAUUAGGUACAAGCUAGAUAUCCAUCAAGAUCCUGAUGUUUUAAACUUUAAUUUCAAGAACCUGGCUGACGGGAACCUUCACCAUGUGAAGAUUAGCAGAGAAGACGGAGUGGUCUUUGUAGAGGUGAACCAGAAAGUGCGGACGCAAGUGAGUCUGUCCUCCGGCACGGAAUUCAAAGCCAUCAAAUCCCUCACGCUGGGCAGGAUUUUAGAACAUUCUGGUCCAGUGGACGAGGGAGAACCCAUGACUGGUGCGACCAGGGCAGACUCCGCAGUGAUUGGAGGUGUGAUCGCUGUGGUGGCGUUUGUCUUGCUGUGCCUCGCCGCCGUAGCCAUCCGCCUGUAUCAGCAGAAGAGCUUGUACACACCCAGGGAGGCGAAACGGCCAGAGAACCAAGGCACCACCGAGGCCGUGCUCAGGUGCGAGCUCAGGGUGCAGAGCGUGGAGCGUGGGAACCAGAAGGAGCACUUCUUCUGAGUGGGACGGGGCCUAACGCGUUGUCACCGCAGCUGGGCUUCCCUGCUACGCCGGGGCUCCAGAUGGCCAGAAACUGCCUUGACAGAUGCAGCGGGCGGCACGUGAUCGCCCUGCACAGAGGCCGCCCCUUGGAGGGCCCAGGGAAGCCUCCCCCCUGUGCAUUUUAUGUUACCAUGAAUUGGAUAGCUUCAUAAUCCGUGUUAGUUUCCUAUACCCUGAAGUGAU